AUGCCCCAGGCCAACGCCGUGGCAGGCCGUCAGCCUGCUCGGCCACAGCAACGAGAUGAAGGGCCAUCCCUCUUCUCAAGGGUCUUCCAGGCCGUCGCCAUGUACAUGGCCAUGCAAUUCCUCAUGAAGCAGUUCAUGGGUCCUCCGAAGACAGCACAGGUCCGCGACGCCAACGGCAACGUCGUCCAGGUCUCCACUCAUGUUCCUCCUUACCACGAGCGCCCUACGCGCCUCAAUGACGGCGCUACCUACAGCAAGAUCCCUCAGCUUCUGGGCCCUAUCUGGGGCGACGACAGCACCGUCGACAUCGUGGUCACCGUUUCGUCCUCCUUCGUUCCGACUCCGCUCAGACAGACCUCCAAGGAGUCAAUUGUGCUCGAGGAGAAGAAGUUCAAGAUUGGUAAUUGGUCGGAUACCCGCAUUGUCGAGGGCACCAUUACUGUACCGGAGCCGGUCCAGCACAAUGGCACUCUUUGGGGACACUUUUAUGUCGGCUUGCCUGGCGCCAUUCUGGAUCCCACUGAGCAAGGCUACGACCCCGGUUCGGCCUAUCACUUCGUCUACCCGCUUACUCAGUAUCUCCCCAAGAAGAAAGAGGUCAAGACCAGGAAUCUGCUGGCUGAUAAAGGGGAAGCGGGCGAAGCUGAGCCUGUGGAGGACGAACCAGAGCCAACUGGCCCCAUCAUCGCCAAUUAUUACCAUCCCAAUGUGUCACUAUCCUUUAUUCCGAACACUGGCGUUAUCUCUUAUACCCAAGCUCAUCCAAUUGUUCGGCAUUUCCUCCACUUGGAGGCCACGGGGGCGCGCGACGGCACCGGUCAGCACUCAUGGUACUAUCCGAUCCUCUUUGUUAACACCUUCUGGCAGCUCAGGUCGCAUAUGACGCUGCUCAACGAGACCGUCCAAACGCUGCCGAUACGCAUCACCCUCAACAACCUGUCGGAGUGGAAGUUUAAGACCAUGGCAUCAAUUGAGUUUAGCUCCAAGGAGGCGGCACGUCAGGCCGCUUAUGGAAACUCCCUUCCGGGUGGUGGUGAUGGCAGCGAGAUCGAAAUGAUCAAGGAGAUCUUCAUGGACUCCAAUCCGAUCCUUCUAGGCGUGACAAUUGUGGUCAGCAUUGCCCAUAUGGUUCUUGAGACGCUCGCUUUCGGCUCCGACAUCCAGCACUACCGUAAGAAGAAGGACAACGUUGGCAUUUCGCUACGGUCGAUUCUGGGCAACGUCUUUAUGCAAACGGUCAUCUUCCUCUACCUGAUCGACCAGUCUGAGAACACUAGCUGGAUGAUCCUUGGUGGCCAGGCCGUUGGUAUCAUCAUUGAGCUUUGGAAGAUCACCACCGUGGUCAACGUCCGCCUUCGUCCGGCUCCUGGGUCGUUGAUUCCAUACCGCAUUAAAUUCGAAGACAAGCACAAGCUCAGCGAGACCGAGCAGAAGACCAAGGAGUACGACGAGGAGGCCUUCCGUUAUAUGUAUAUUGCGGCCGUGCCGCUUCUGAUUGCCUACGCUAUCUACUCGCUUCUCUACGAGACGCACAAGUCUUGGUACUCGUACAUCAUUACGACGCUGGUCGGGUCUGUGUACGCUUACGGCUUCCUGAUGAUGGUGCCGUCGCUAUACAUCAACUACAAACUUAAGAGCGUGGCACACAUGCCGGCCAAGGCCAUGAUGUACAAGUUCCUCAACACUUUCAUCGACGACCUGUUUGCCUUUACCAUCAAGAUGCCUAUCCUGCAUCGUCUGGCGACCUUCCGUGACGACGUUAUCUUCUUCAUUUACCUGUACCAGCGGUGGAUCUAUCGUGUGGACUACACUCGUGUCAACGAGUUUGGCCAAGGUGGUGAGGAUGAGAAUGAGGAGCUGAUUAGGAAGGCCAAGGAAGAAGAGGAAAAGAAAAAGAAGAAUGCUUUGCCCGAGAAGCCGGAGCAGGAGACCGCGAAGUCUACCGGUGCCGAUGCUCCCAAAGCGACGAAGCGGAAAUAG